AUGGUAUUGGAUAUAGAAUAUCUCCAAAGGAUAGCUCAGUCUAUCAAUUUGAAAAAAGACCUCGUCGGUGUAUUUUUAGCCCUCAAUAUCUGCGCCUAUGCAAUCGUCUUCGUCGUGCAGAAAUGGAAAGCUUCCAGCAAAUUAUCGAGAUCUUCCAGUCCUGAUCUAGAAAAACCAACAUCGAGAUCAAUUGGCAAAGAAAAGGUCACACGAAACCUUGGAGAAUGGACGCCAUCUAAUUUCAAACGACCGACCGCAAAACCAUACCUUGACUGGGAUGUUCACACUUCCAAGCCGAUUCCUUACCGACCAUUUCGAUAUGGCCCAAAGUAUUUUACCACAAUGGGCUUGCGGAGUAUGAAAUUCGAUGAAUGGAUUGAACUAGACAACCACUAUCUGAAAUUCCACGCGGAUAAAGCUAAGCGCAUCGAAGAGCGUGGUGAGAAAUGUUAUGGCACAGCACCUGAAGCCAUGGACGGUGCGAUUGAACUCUUGGAAGAACUAUGCGACUAUCUCCCCGAGAGAUACCCAUCGAUGUUCACAAAGACUCCCACCGGCAUAACCAACAAAGUAACCCAAGAAACCUUCAACAUAGUCCAACGGCCCCUCUCAGAAGAUCCAAUGGCAACAGCCGCCCGCCUAAUCCAAGACGACCUAGCCCUCAUGAUCGAAAAACCAGAUGGAGAAUACUACCUCCUAGCCGGCGCAAUCCUCCUCGCCGGAUUCUGGCGUCUAAGCGACAAAUUCGGGAUGCCAUUAUCAGAAAUCCAUACAUCAGGCGACGUGCCCCAAUUCCAAGAGAAGCUCGAACGAGGGAUGAAGAAUUUCUUCCGUCGGCUCAAACCCGAGGAACCCGUUUUGCGAAAUAACUACUUUAUCCAGGUAGAUGAUCAGCUGGCAUGGUCGCCCAGUAUCGGGUCCGAGGAUGCGGAGGUUGUAUCGUGGAAUACGGCGGAGAAGAAUCGAGCUAUUGAGCAUCAUUUCUUUCGAUCGGAACGCCAGUCUUUGAGACGGUUGCCCAGGUCUGGGGCUGUUGUUUUCACUAUUCGGACCUAUUUUGAGCCUAUUACCGAGAUUGUGAAAGAGGAUUAUGUGCCUGGGAGGUUGGCUUCUGCUGUUCGAAGUUGGGGGGAUGAUGUUUCAAGGUAUAAAGGCAAGGAGAAGUAUCAGGAGGUUUUGUUGGACUAUUUAGAUCGGAAACAUAAUGAGCAAGUAGCUUUGGGACUGAAGGUGGAUAAAGAGGGCGAGGUGCGAAGUUAUCCAUAUUAA